AAAUCUAAUUUUUACAAGUUUGGCUCGUUACAAUUAACAAACGUUGAAAAAAAAAAAACGUGGAGAUUACACAAAAGUAUUAAUUUUUUGUUGUUGUAAGAGUGGAAGCAUUUGAAGAUGGCGUGUUGUAAGGAGAAGGAUCUGUAUGCGGGUGGCGGCGACUGCAUCAAUGAUACCAUUGAACUUCAUCCGAAGUCAGCAUGUCCAGCACCAUUGAUUUGUGCCCCUCCACCUGAGAUGGGGCCAAUAAGGCGACGCAAAUAUGAGCCUUCUCCCGUGGGUAUAGUGCCACCCACCGACGAGGAGCAGCGUGAGAUACAGGAGUACGUGAAAAAGGUAACUGGGGAGCCGGCGCAGGAGCACCAUCAAAUGGUGACCGACCUGCAGGCUGACGUCGAUAAUCAGCAACAACAGCUGCUCGACAUACAGCAGGAACAGGCCCAAAGACCGCUCAAAACAGAGGAGCUGCAAUUUGCACGCUCGAUUGAUCCCGAUGCGGAUAACCUGCAGAAUCCACCAUGUUAUCUGCCCCAGCCUGGCGACGAUUUGCCUCACAAGGAUUCAAUGACACCCAUGGGACCAAUUGGACCAUGGGCCACGGGCAGAGUAGACUGGAGUCCGAUGGCUGGUCUAACGGGCACUCGUCCCGUUGUCGAUAGAUACUCGAUAACACGCUACAGCUCGAAUGAAUGGCGUGCCAAAAAUGAACAGACGGUGCAAUAUGUCAACUCUGUGCUAGAUAAGGCCGAUAAAAAUCGCUUCAGCUCAACGACGGAAUAUCAGCGACUCACAGCGAUGGUGAACAAGACGCAGAACGAGACAACGGACAAGUUGAGGCAGCGUUCGCAGGUGAUCUGCAAGUGGAAGAGCACGUUGGAGACUGCGAUUAGGACGAUGACGGAUGAGGUUUUUAUGAUAGACGAGGAGCGCAAUAGAUUGCGCAGAACACUCGUAGUGCUCGGUGUGCCCGAGUCAAUAGUGAAAGAGUGCAUUGAGAAGCGUUGCGGUCGUCCGGACUCGGAGCUUGUGCGCGAUCAUACCGAGGAGGAGCUGGUGAAUGAGCUGGCGCUGAUAGCCGAAAUUAAGAGGGUUUUGAAGAAGACAUUGGACGACUUUAAUGCGCAGCAAAUGGAGAAUCGUGCGGCCAAGCAGCGGCUGGAGUUCGACUGGAGCGACAAGCAGGAGGCAUACGAUAUAGACACCGUAAAUUUGGGCUUAAGCAAUACAUCGCGAAUGAUCAUGUUCCAUGUGGGCGCAAUGCGACAGCCGCCGGAGCAGUCUUCGGAAAAGUACUGGGAACACUUCAGUCUCGAGACGCUGGACGAGUGUGAGAAGUGCCGCCAGAGAUCUGCGGCGCUGCGCAGCACCCUAAAUGCCAUACUCCUUAACGGAGCCAGGGACUUGCGCACCCAGGCAGAUAUUGUUGAAAAAUCCUUCAUGUCGCGCAUCAAUUGCACGCAGGAGGCCGUCAAGCGCUACGAGAACGAUCUGCAUCGGGUCCUGCAGGAUCUCGCUGACACCGAGACGCGUAUCGAACAGAUUCAAGGACGCAUUCGCAGCUUCGAUGCUGCCAUGAAGGUCGCCCAGACGCGUAUGUACAAUCGCAGCUUUCGCCCCAAUGUCGAGAGUUGCCGCGACGUUGCCCAGCAGCGUCUCAUCGACGAGGUGCACACCAUCCAGAGCAGCGUGACGGCCAUGCUGCAGGAGCUCAAAUCAGCGGAGGAGACCAAGGAUGCACUUGUUGGCGUUCGCGGUGCCCUGGAGCGAGAGAUCAUGCUCAAGCGACGCACUCUGUUUGUGGACAGGGAACGCUGCAUGUUACUCCGCUCGCAUUAUCCUUCAACCGAUGCGCUGUCCGGUGCGGGUGAAUUUUAAGUAUAUUUACACAUUGGUAUUUAUUUAGAUUAUUCAAAAUCGAAUGUGUAAAAUUUCAAGUCUUAAACUACAAUAUUGAUUACAUAUAUAUAUUGAUAACAAUAAAUAAUGAGUACGACGAAUUUUG